GAGGCACACAAAGUAACUGAGGAGGUGGAGGAAGGUUGUCUUUCUUCUUUUCCUUCUCAAGGGGAGAGGGAAAGACCCUUGCUCUUGCUUCGUUCCUUGAUACAUCCUUCUUCUGCUCUGCUUGCCUCGAGGUUCCAUGGCUGGCCUAUCACUGCAACACCCUUUACCUUUCACCUUCGGCAUGCUAGGCAACCUCAUCUCCUUCAUGGUUUUUCUCGCCCCAAUCCCUACGUUCUAUCGAGUUUACCGGAAGAAAUCAACAGAAGGGUUCCACUCCCUGCCUUACGUUGUUGCUGUGUUCAGCUGCAUGCUGUGGAUCUACUACGCUUAUGUCAAGACCGAUUCCAUCCUCCUCAUCACCAUAAACUCCUUCGGAGUAUUCAUCGAGACAGCCUACAUCACCAUCUACCUCAUCUACGCCCCCAAGAAGACUAGGAUCAUGUCUAUGCGAAUAUUCGUGCUCUUGAAUGUGGUAGUGUUUGCCGCGAUCAUUCUCUUGACUCAGCUACUCUUCACUGGCUCCAUUCGCUUGAAGGUGCUUGGAUGGAUCUGCGUCGGCUUUUCCGUCAGUGUCUUUGCUGCUCCGCUGAGCGUCAUAAGGCUGGUUAUCCGUACAAAGAGCGUAGAGUUUCUGCCGUUCUACCUCUCCUUCUUCCUCACGCUGAGCGCGAUCGCGUGGUUCGGCUACGGCCUGUUCACCAAGGACAUCUAUGUUCAGCUCCCGAACGUGCUGGGCUUCCUAUUUGGAGUCGCACAAAUGGUGCUCUACAUAGUCUACAAGAAGAAGAAGAACGUCGUCGUGGAGCCGGCGGGGAUCGAACACAUCGUCAGGAUUGCGGAGCUGGCGAUAGCUCCAGCUUCGGAGUUGCAGGCCGGCGUCGAGGAGACCGAUCACCGGAAGAAGGCGAGUGAGGGCAGUACUGAAGGCGUAGAGAAGGCAAAGAUGACAGCCGAGGAAGGGGUUGAGAUUGACGCAGUAUGAAGCAUGGCCUCGAAUGAAGAUGUCGCAGCAUUACAUCACUUCCAUCAAAUUCCUCCACGUCAUAGGCUUUAGUCUUGUCCUGACUAUAAAAGAUUGAGUUUCCAUCCACUUGUAUCAUCAAAAGGAAGGCAAAAGGGUGCAGUGUGUCUACUUAUCGUUUUCGCAUUAGUAAACUACUUUGUGAGAAA